UCUUCCAGUCCAAGGCGGAAAAGUGCUUGUUCCUGUCGUAAAACUGAUUGGUUCUGCAUUUGUACAUAAAUUACCCUAAAAAAUAUUUAGCUUCGACAUGCCGUCCUAUCUCGAAACGUCGCCUACUACUCCGCAAAACUAUGGCAGGAAAGUGGGAAAGUUUGUUCGUGAAAUCAAUCCAUGCUGUGGCGGAUGUUCAAUCAAGCUUGGGGCAAAAUUGGUCGUCAUUUUACAAAUGCUCAUUUCCGUUAUCUUCAUGUUCGUCGGAUGUGGAGAAAUCAUAAUGAGGUCCGUAUGUUUUUAUGACAAGGACGACUGGAAACCCCUUUUUUUCUUUGCCUUCAUCCACGCCUGGUUUUCUGGAAAGUUGGUGCUGUAUGGAUUUCUGUAUAAAGGAGCUAAGAAUAGUAAUUACAAAUUGGUCACCCGCUGCUGGAAGAUUUCCAUUUGGUCCGCAAUUACUAACGGUUUGCUCGUAACGAUGGUUACUACCUUCACUGUGGGACGACAGUUUGGACUGGGGGAAUUUGACGUUAUAAUGGAAGUCCUGAAUCUAUACUCAAUUUGGGUUGUGUUCUUCUACAAAGAAGAAUUAAUGAGGGGUGCGGAUUUUAUGGGACCCAAUUCCGAGAGAAUUCCGUAAAAUCGUUUCAUGAAAAUGUGGAAGUUGAAUUGUUAAAUGGAU